UUCGCCCCUCGAAGCUGGAAAUGCAACUCUUGGAAGUAUCGGAGGCUGCGGAGCUGGAGGCGGAGGCGGCUUGGGGGGUCCGAGCGAUGUGACCAGGCCGCCGUCACUCGUCUCUCCUGCCGCCUCCCGUCUUGAAAAUAACUUUUUUACUAAAAAGAAAGAAAAAAAGUAGCCGUCCGCCCCUCACACUCUCUUUUCCUCUCAGUCCUCUGCCCCGUGAGAGAGCCCGGGGUGGCCGCUCCGCCGUCGGGGCCGCGCCGCCGAGCCCCGGCCGCCCCGGGCCACCCCCUCCGCCGCCCCCAUGCAUCCCUUCUACACUCGGGCCGCCACCAUGAUAGGCGAGAUCGCCGCCGCCGUGUCUUUCAUCUCCAAGUUCCUCCGUACCAAGGGGCUCACGAGCGAGCGACAGCUGCAGACCUUCAGCCAGAGCUUGCAAGAGCUAAUGGCAGAACAUUAUAAACAUCACUGGUUUCCAGAGAAGCCGUGCAAAGGAUCAGGUUACCGUUGUAUCCGCAUCAACCAUAAAAUGGAUCCUCUGAUUGGACAGGCAGCACAACGGAUUGGACUGAGCAGUCAGGAGCUGUUCAGGCUUCUCCCCAGCGAACUCACACUCUGGGUUGACCCCUACGAAGUGUCCUACAGAAUCGGAGAGGAUGGCUCCAUCUGUGUGCUGUAUGAAGCCUCACCAGCAGGAGGUAGCACACAAAAUAGCAGCAACAUGCAAAUGGUAGACAGCAGAAUCAGCUGUAAGGAGGAACUUCUCUUGGGUAGAACAAGCCCUUCCAAAAACUACAAUAUGAUGACUGUAUCAGGUUAAGAUAUAGUCUGUGGAUGGAUCAUCUUAUAAUGGAUGGAUAAAUUUGAUUUUUGCUUUGGGUGGGCUCCUCUUGGGGAUGGAUUAUGGAAUUUAAACCAUGUCACAGCUGUGAAGAUCUGGCACAAGAUAGAGUGGU